UUGUCCCCUCUGGAAUUGUCCCCUCUCCCCGUGACCAUGAUGCUGAACUCGGAGCCGCCCGCCCUCGACGUCCCCCCGUCCCUGCCGGUCCCCGAGCCCUCCCUGGGUGCCGGUGCCGGCUCCGGCGGCGCGGGCCCGGCCGGGAAGGAGCCGCUGAGCCGCGAGGAGCGGCGGCGCCGGCGCCGGGCCACGGCCAAGUACCGCACGGCGCACGCCACGCGCGAGCGCAUCCGCGUCGAGGCCUUCAACGUGGCCUUCGCCGAGCUGCGGCGCCUGCUGCCCACGCUGCCCCCCGACAAGAAACUGUCCAAGAUCGAGAUCCUGCGCCUGGCCAUCUGCUACAUCUCCUACCUGAACCACGUCCUGGACGUCUGACCCGCCCGUCUGUCCGUCCCUGUGUCCGUGUGUCCAUCCGUGUGUCCGUGUGUCCGUCCCUGCUGCCCACGCUGCCCCCCGACAAGAAACUGUCCAAGAUCAAGAUCCUGCGCCUGGCCAUCUGCUACAUCUCCUACCUGAACCACGUCCUGGACGUGUGACCCGUCCGUCUGUCCGUCCCUGUGUCCGUCUGUCCGUCCCUGUGUCCGUCUGUCCAUCCGUGUGUCCGUGUGUCCGUCCG